CCCGAAAAGGUCAUGCAGCUGCUCACCUCCGCCUACGCUGUCGCCGCCCUUGCGAUCUGCUGCCUGUGCUUCGUCACAGCUCAGCCGCAGCGCGGUCUGGCGCAGCCGCGCUCCAACUCCUUCGAUGCUAAUGCUGUGAUACUGAAGCAGAACUUUGAUCUGAACCCGGAUGGCUCCUAUCAGUACAACUACGAGACGAGCAAUGGAAUUCGCGCUGAUGAGGCGGGCUACCUUAAGAAUCCCGGCUCACAGUUGGAGGCUCAGGUAAUGCAAGGCUCCUACUCGUACACCGGACCAGAUGGCGUGCUCUACACGAUUACCUACAUCGCCGAUGAGAAUGGCUUCCGCGCCGAGGGUGCACAUAUUCCCACACCGCCGCCCGUGAGCCCGGCCGCCGCUGCCGGUCCCCGCCGAUUCUUCAAAUAAUUGAUAAUUGACCAGCGAGAAUUAUAUUUAAUUGGAUAUAAUAUUUGUAUGAUAGCAUCCAGGAUGAAGUUCAGGGCAGCAGCUCAGUUGAUUCACAGACCUCUCUCACUCCCUCCCUC